AUGGAAGCGACGACCACCAUGGCAUCGCUGGCCAUUUCCCGCAAGAGCGCGAACGAUCUGUGGGCAGAAGCAGUAGAGCAGUUAAACGACAGUGACAAAUCUGCUGUAAACUUCAGCCACGAUAAACUCACUGUUCUCGUCAAAUUGCAGCUCCUUGCUGAAAAGUCGAAAGAUGAAUGUAUUCAGCGAAGGUGGAAGUAUACUCGUAAAAGCGGCGAGACGGUGAUUCUGAGAGACGUCUUCGAAAAGAUGAUAGCAUGGAUUAAGACCUUUGAAAAAGUUGGCAGCUCCGCGGUCCAGUACGAUCCCGUUCAUGCUGCACUCCCCUGGGCAGGAAUUCGUUUCAUUUUGCAGGUGGCCAUUAAUAACCAUGAUAAGUUUGGAGAAGUGAUGGAAGGAUUGGCUGAAAUUGCAGAGAUCAUUUGCAGGCAUGCAAUCCUUGAAGACCUCUAUUGUGGACAAAUGUCAAUAGCUGCUGGAGAGUUACAAAGGGCCUUGGUUGUGCUGUAUGCAACAGUUUUGAAAUAUCUCUCUAAAGCUAGAGCAUAUGUGAAGCAAAGAUCUAUAGAACGUAUGCUCAAGAGUGGAUUUCUACCCACCUCAGAACUUGACGACUAUUUGGAAAAAACACGCAAAGCAGAGAUUAAUGUCCGAUCUUGUGCUUCUCUGGUAGAUAAACAGGAAAACACCGUUCAUCAUAGUAAGAUGAUACAAUUACUAGAAUAUAUGGAGACACCUUUACGCAAAAUGGACGAAAAUCUGCGGCAUAUCGAAGACAAUCUUCAAGAAUCAAAGCGUAGGGCAAUCUUGGAAUGGAUGUCACAAGAACCAUACAUUCAGCACCACGAACAGAACAAACAAGGCGUGCUUUCAGGAACUGGACAGUGGCUUUUAGCAGAUUCAGAGUUUGUGAAGUGGAAGAACGAGAGAGCUUCGUCUAUUCUAUGGCUUCAUGGAUUCCUUGGGUCGGGUAAGAGCAAACUAGUCUCCAUUGUCAUUGAAGAUGCCUUGCGAGGCUUUCGCUCUGGCCAAACUAUCCGACCCGUAUAUUUCUACUGCUCACGCAAUAAAGCAGAACCAGGGCGCUCAGAUCCGUCAAACAUCCUAGCCAGCAUCGCUAGACAACUCUCUUCUCUGGAGCCAGGAACGCCACUGCUCAGCCCAACUCUUGAUCUAUACAGAAAGAAAGAAGUUGAAGGAUUCAUGUCUGGACCCAUGGGCUUGGAAGAGAGCUGCUCGCUUAUAAUUGAGCUUACAGCGCGGUAUUCACUGACUAUCAUUGUGGUAGAUGCACUGGACGAAUGUGAACGACAAAAAAAAUAUGAUCUCCUCAAAGCUCUUGAGCGAAUUCUUCAAGAAUCUUCUGGACUGGUUAAAGUUUUUGUCUCCAGUCGGAACGAUCAGGACUUCGUCGUUCGUUUGAAACAUUAUCCAAACCUCGAGAUUUCAUCUGAAAAAAAUGGCGCCGAUAUUGCACUCUUCGUGCAGACAGAGACGGAACGACUUGUCAGGGAAGAAGGCUUAUUACAGUAUAGCGACCAUCCGAUCGAGAUGAAGAACCUUAUUGUGAAAAAAGUGACUGAUGGUGCGAGAGGAAUGUUCCGCUGGGCAAGCGUACAACUGCAAUUCCUCUGCUCACUGAAUAUGGACGUCGACAUUCGUAACAACUUGGGCCGACUUCCUCCCGAUUUGGACACCAUUUACGCAGAGCUCUAUUGUAUACUUUCGGAAAAAUCUGGCGAAAUGGAAAAGAGGCUUUUCAAGAAUGUUCUCAGCUGGCUGUUGUGCGCCCGGUUGACGUUACAGACAUCGGCCUUUUUAGAAGCUGUAUCGGUUCCUACUGAAGGAAAUGACAGUCGAGUUCGUGUUACGAAGGAGCUCGUUCUGAAAAUUUGUGGUAGUCUGGUUGUGUUCGACGCUGAGCUGAAUACGUUCCGUUUCGCCCAUUUGUCAGUCAGGGAGUUUUUAGAAAGAAGACAAGAAUAUACGACAACGGCAACCAAUGCUUUGAUUGCAGGUAAUAGUCUGCGAAGAUUAAUGUCCGCAAAUAUACCGUCUGAAGUGGAUGGGCUUCUUUCGAAGCACGGCCUAUAUUCGAACCAUGACGUGCCAGAUCGUGACAGAUUCGUCCAGUACUCAUAUAUGUACUGGUGUUUGCAUUUUAAAUUAGCAGGGCAUCGACGAAUCUCUGGCGAUUUGAAAGAAACCUUCCAACGCUUCAUAUUGAGUGCAGACAUUCCAAGCGGUCCCAUCAAGUCGUGGCUCGAUACACUUCCCGGCGUGCUCAGCGAAAGAUAUCAUUGUACUCAGAACGAAAUCAAGUUGCGCGAUACCAUAACAACAUCUGGUUCGACUGUAUCCGGAGUCCUGUUUCUUGCAUGUAUCUUCGACUUUUUUGAAGUACUAGAAGUUCUGAAAGCUGAAUGGAUGAAGAGCGGGCAUUUCUUGAAUGCACAGAAUAGAACUCUUUUCGAUGUGUCAGUAUCCUAUGGAAAUUGUGGAUCACUGAAGUUUUUGCUUGACGCAGCAAGCAAUAUGAACGUCUCCGAGAAUUUAGUCGAGACAGCUGCUUGGAGCGAGUCAAACGGCGAAGAGAUCAUGAGAAUACUGCUUGACAAGCGGGGCAGGAAGAUCCAGAUCACACCAAAGAUAGUUCAAACAGCUGCUCAGAAUUGGCAAUGUGGUGAAGAGAUUAUAAGAAUACUGCUUGACAAGAGGGGCACGGAGAUCCAGAUCACACCAAAGAUAGUUCAAACAGCUGCUAAGAAUUGGAAAAACGGGGGAAAGAUUAUGAAAUUAUUACUUGAUAAGCGAGGCACUGAAAUUCAGAUCACUCCAGAUGUGGUUCUAGCAGCUGUUGAUAAUCGUGGAAAUGGAGAAGAAAUUAUGAAAGUACUACUUGAUAAGCGUGGUGGUGAGAUUCGGAUUACACCAGACGUGCUCCGGGUGGUUGCUCGGAAUAGAGGGUCUGGUGAAAAGAUUAUGAGAUUACUGCUUGCCAAGCGUGACAGUAAGAUCCAGAUCACAUCAGAUUUCAUCCUGGCAGCUGCUAGAAUGAGAGUUCCUGAAAGGAUCAUGAACCUACUGCUUGAGAAGUGUGAUAGCGUGAUUCGGAUUACACCAGACAUGGUUCGGGCAGCUGUCGAGAAUGGGAGGAUUGGAGAAAAGGUAAUAAGAUUACUGCUUACUGAGCAUUUUAGUGAGGUUCAAAUCACAGCAGACAUCGUUCAGGCAGUUGCUAGGAUGAGCGGGAGUGAGAAAUUCUUUGAAUUACUGCUUGACAAGCGGGGCAGUGAGAUCCAGAUCACACCAAAAAUCGUCCAGGCGGCGGCUGAGAACCGGCAAAGUGGCGAAGAGGUCAUGAGAAUACUGCUUGAUAAGCGGGGUAGUGAGAUUCAGAUCACACCAGACGUCGUUGAGGCGGCGGCUAAAAACUGGCAAAGUGGGAAGAAGCUCGUGGAAUUAUUACUUGACAAGCGAGGCACUGAAAUUCAGAUCUCCCCAGAUGUGGUCCUGGCAGCUGCUAAUAAUGGAUUGCACGGAGAACAGAUUAUGAGAUUACUCUUUGAUAAGUGUGACAGUAAAAUCCAGAUCACGCUAGAGAUAGCUCAAACAGCUGCUAGGAAUUGGCGAAAUGGGGAAAAAAUUAUGGAAAUACUACUUGACAAGCGAGGCGCUGAAAUUCAGAUCACUCCAGAGGUGUUCCGGGCAGUUCCUUUCAACUGGGAAUGGGAAUUGGGAUUAUGGCUAUGA